UGAUAGCAAGUGAAUCGCUACAUCGAAAUCGCAUUUUUGACAGCUAACAUAAUCUCAAAAUACUGUCGUCUGACGUAAACUUGAUGAAUGAAUGCGUCGGUGUUUUGUACAGUUGCACCUGCAUUGAUGCAUUUUGUUGUUCCAGAGUUCCAUUCGAUCGCGUCAAUCUUCAGGAACGUUUCUACAGAAAUCUGCUCUGAAGCUGCCUUAGCUGAUCUUGAAAGGUUUCAGCUGCAGUGAAGAAAAUACCUUUCAGUUUAUUUGAAACACCCCGGUGUGUCAGGACCCGGCUAGUGGGAAUCAGAGCAUGCGUGUUAGGUCAGAGGUCAGAUUGGAGGUGGAGCUGUGAUGCGUGCGGCGGGCUGCAGGAUGAAUAUGGCGGCCAUUCUGAACGGCCUGCUGGUGUCAGUGGUGGCAGCACUGCUCUGGAAGUAUGUGAGGCUGAGUGAGCACGCUGCUGUGCUGGAGGAGGAGCUGCAGCUGACCCGCCAGUCACAGGAGCUGUCCCAAGCCCGAAUAGACUACCACGCCGCCCUGCUGGCCCUCCAGGAGCACGGCACCCGCAUGGUCUGCACAGGCAAGAUGCACACCGACCGUAUCUGCCGCUUUGACUACCUGUGCUACUGUGCCGAGGCAGAGGAGUUUGUCUUCUUCCACAGCAAUUCCUCUGUUAUGUUGCCCAACCUGGGGCCCAGGCGAUUUCAGCCUGCACUGCUGGACCUGUCGUCUGUGGAGGACCACAACACCCAGUAUUUCAACUUCCAGGAGCUACCAGCUGCUGCCCUUAAGUUCAUGCCUAAGCCCGUGUUUGUCCCCGAUGUCACGCUCAUCCUAAACCGGUUCAAUCCUGACAACCUGAUGCAUGUGUUCCACGACGACCUGCUGCCUAUCUUCUACACCAUGCGGCAGUACUCGGACCUAGAUGACGAGGCCCGCCUGGUCUUCAUGGAGGGCUGGGGUGAGGGUGCACACUUUGACCUCUAUCGUUUACUGAGCAGCAAGCAGCCGCUCCUCAAAGAGCAGCUGAGAAACUUUGGCAAACUCAUGUGCUUCACCAAGUCAUAUGUGGGUUUGUCCAAGAUGACCACAUGGUACCAGUAUGGCUUUGUCCAACCACAAGGCCCUAAAGCCAACAUCCUGGUGUCUGGGAACGAGAUCCGACAGUUUGCCUUGUCGUUGAUGGAGAAGCUCAACAUCACCACGCCAGCAGAGGAAAUCCUGGCCAAUGCAGAGGAAAAGGACGAGUACAUUGUAGUGUUCAGUCGCUCAAUCAACAGACUCAUCUUGAACGAAGCAGAGCUGAUCAUGGCGUUGUCGCAGGAGUUUCAGAUGAGAACCGUAACAGUGUCUCUGGAAGAGCAAACCUUCCCCAGCAUUGUCAAAGUCAUCAGCGGGGCGUCCAUGUUGGUCAGCAUGCACGGGGCACAGCUGGUCUCUUCUCUCUUCCUCCCCCGGGGGGCUGUUGUAGUGGAACUAUUCCCUUACGCAGUCAACCCGGAGCAGUACACCCCUUACAAAACCCUGGCCUCUCUACCAGGCAUGGAACUGCAGUAUGUGGCCUGGAGGAACAUGGUGGAGGAGAACUCUGUGGCCUACCCUGAGAGGCCCUGGGAGCAGGGAGGUAUUGCUCAUCUUGAGAAAGAUGAACAGGAGCGCAUCUUGGCCAGUAAGGAGGUACCCAGACACCUUUGCUGCCGCAAUCCCGAGUGGCUCUACCGUAUCUACCAGGACACUAUAGUGGACAUCCCUUCUUUACUGGAGGCUCUCAGAGAGGCUGUGAAAAUCAGGCCAAAUUUGAAGAAGGCCAAGCCGGCCAGCAUGGUUCACCCAGGCCGGGUCAGAGAGCCUCUGUGCCAGACGUCAGUCCAGGCCACCAACGAGGCCAAGCUGACCGUGUCGUGGCAAAUCCCCUGGAACCUCAAGUACCUGAAGGUCAGGGAAGUGAAGUAUGAAGUGUGGAUCCAGGAGCAAGGAGAGAACACGUACAUGCCUUAUAUUCUCCCCCAUCAGAAUUAUACCUUCUCUGAAAAUAUAAAACCCUUUACAACAUACCUCGUGUGGGUGCGUUGCAUCUUUAAUAAAAACCUCCUGGGGCCGUUUGCAGAUGUACUCAUGUGCAGGACAUAAUUGCAGUUAAUGUCUACUGUCUCAAACAAGUUUGUGGCGGAUUGUUGAUGAUCUGGUGUUGGGGCUGAGGAUUAUUUAGUCUCAGAAUGAGGAAAGUAGAUGAUGGAAUGUGUAUCUGAGAUGAGAGACUGCUGUGAUGAGAACCAUGUCCUUCCUUACGGGACAGUGAAAUGAGAUGGGGAAAUGUAGGUCUUGGAACUGCUGGAACAGAAUGAGACACAAGGAUAUAUGAGUCUCCAUUUAAGUAUGCAUAGACUACACUUUUGGCAGAAAGUGUUAUUCUCUAAAAAAGAAAUUGGUGGAAUUUCUUUUACGUGCAAAAAUAGAUAGUGUGAAUUCAUUUGUUUCUUUAGUCUAAAACACUGCAACUAAUAUGGCAAGCCAUUUUGACAAGUUUGUCCCUGGGCCUUAAGUCAUAAUUUAAAAGCAUCUAGUACUUAUUCUUUAGUUACUAGUACCCAUUUCAAUUGUUACUAGUUACUAUUCUGUUUUUACUACCCACCCAUUGAUUGUUCUUAGAGGCACUGUAGUUCAGGUGUCAACUUUACACUUGCUAAUUAAAUUCUUACUAGUUACAAUCUUAUAGUUAAUAGUAGCUUAUUUAUAAUGACUAGUCUCUGUUCAGAUUUUCCCUAGUCAAUUUCGUGACUUUACUGGUCACUAUUAAAUUAGUAGCAGUAUUCUUCACUAAUUAACUAGAAAUGACUUGCUGAGUAAUGUUGAUAUUUUACUAGUUUCUAUUAAAUAGUGAGUCUUGAUAAUUGAAUUGUAACUACCUUUAGAAAUAGCAACUAGUAGUUUAUACAUUUUUGCUAUUCAUUUUGUAAUAUGGCUUAGUAAAACUGGAUUGUUGACUAUUACAAAGUGCUUAAACAUUAGUUAAGUUAAAUUGUUCAUAUCAAGGAUUGUAAUAACUGCUAGUCACAUCUGUUUUAGAUAUCUUUAAUAUGAAUUCAUUUGGAUAUAUCUACACUAUUAAAAUGAACCUAAUGUUAAAAAAUUUGCCACUUUCCCGCUGCAUGAAGGUAGAGUAGUAAUUUACAUAACAGCAUCAUAGCUUAGGUGAAAUCAGGCAUCCCUAAUCACAAUGAAAAUAAUUAGCAAACGGUUGUGCCUAUGUUCAACAGUAUUUAGUGCAUUGACAUUCAGAUAUUUUCAGCUAUUUUCUUCUGACUAGUUGCGAUUCAAAUUAUUACUAGUCACUAAUCCAGUUUCACUAGUUAACAUGUAAUAGUUACUAGAACAUUUUUAUUAAAUGUUUAUUUUAGUUUAUUUAUUUUACCAAUGUUACUCAUCAUAUAGUAUGACUAAAUAAUUGUUAUUAAAUAUAGCAGAGGAUUUGCAUAACAUUGGUGGAUAUCAAAAGCUUUUUUUGCUAGUAAUUAUUACAGAAAUGUUGAAAUAUCUAGAAAUAUGUAUUACUAAGAUAUUAAUAUUUUUAGUAUUAGUAUCUAAUAUAUAUGUAUGUAUGUUAUAGUAAACAUUUAAUAGCUACUAUUAUUAAUUAGAAGAGGUACUAGUAAUGUUUGAAUAAGUAUUAUUCUUUUUCUUGUCAAAGAAAGAAAAAUACUGUAGUUGGUAAUGUCUAAUCUAGUUGCUUUUAAAUUAUGACAAGUAAGUACCAGGUUAUUCAUGUUAAAACAUGCCAUACAGCUACUAUAUGUAGUAUGUACCUAUUGGCAUAUGCAAUGUAAGUCUUCAGCAAAGUUCAGGUUGACAUGGUUUCAAACUUCUGUGAUUUGUUAUGCAUAAAUCACACCAUUGUGGCUUAGCCCUCCUGCUCAAUGGUGUUGCUUUGUCAUGUUGCCUUUUUAAAUGGUAAUUUACAUAAUUGUUUGCAGAGUCUUGCCAAAACCUUAAAAGUAACCAAAGUUAAUUAGAAAAGAUGGUCACUAGUCUACCAUAUAGUAUGUCUUAUUUGUUUGGGUUGGGUUAGCUUUUGCUUCAAUGCGUGUGUACAAUAUGACAUUUACCAUUAUGGCCAAUUGUGGCUUGUAUUGAAAUUGUUUCUCCUAUAGGUUACUUUAGGUUUUGAUUCAAGGCACAUUAAACAGUGUCCUUGAAAAAAGGUCACAGGUUUUCUGAAGAUGCAUACUAAAACAUUAAUUAUUCAUGAAAAUGCAAUAGCCUAAGUACAGGGUUCCUCUAAAUAUAUACAUCUAUUAUAAUGUGUUUAUGUGAAAUGUCACUGCAGUGCCUCCAUUAGGCUUACAACAAUUCUGAGUUUAAAAGUAAUAUUGUUUUUCAAUGCAAUUCACACAUUCGUACAUCAGAGGUUGACAUGCUAUGAAUAGUUAACAACUGUUAGAGUAAUAAUCAUAAUGUUUUUCAGGUUAUAUCCAUUAUCAUUAUUAAUAUUUAGCAUUCAGCCCAAGCCUAUCACGAUAUGCAAUUCUGUCUGCUGCAUUUAAUUGCCUUCUGCUCUGUAGAACUAAACUAAUUAGGAAUAAUUUCAGAGUAUGCACCAAGCUUCUCAGAAUAGAAGCAAUGAUCUAGGAUCAGCAUUCAUCCUGUCUCUGUAAUCUGGUUCAUUGUGGUAGGUUAAAUUGAUCCCAACUUGGAAGACUCAAGGCACUUGAUACAUAAGGCCUCUAUAUCCUGUGGCAUAUUUAGGCUUCUCCUGUUAAGAUUUAACUGAGAGUGAAGACUGGUUUAAUUGAAUCAAUAUAAUUAAUUGCCUAUCCCUCUUCCCCUAAGAAACAAUAUUGAUACACAGAUCACCACUGCCAAUGUAUGAGCUUUGUAACGUGUGUAUUGUUCAUUAUCUGCCUCAUGAUUUCAUAGACAAUCACUAAUGCCUGGUGUUUGUCCAAGGAUUUCAAUGCAGUGGCGACUGGCUAGUAUGUGAAUAUCCAACCCAUUGUACUGUACCCGUUAAGGUUACUGAAGUGAUAUUCCUAAUGAACUGGAAUCUAUCCCAUUUUGACAGAGAUGUUUUCAUUUGAAAGUCAAGCCUUGAACUGUUAAAAUAUUAUGUUCUCAAAUGCAGUUUUGUCAGUGUUUCUAUUUAAGAGAGUAUUUUGAACCACUGUUGUUCAAUGGGAUGUUGUGUUUGUAAUGCUUGUUAGUUUGUGUUUACCCCUCCAGUAAAUAAAUUAUAUUUGCUAAGA